AUGAAUCCGUUCAGUGCAACUGUGCUUUUGGAAAUGCUACUCGAAAUCAACGGAGUCAAGCUUGUGAUGGGAUUUUCCUAUCGGAGGUCUGACUGCACAAACAUUGAGUGUGUUCAUCACCGUGGCAUCUGCCUUCGAUUGUUUGAUACUUGUGGCGGCAAGCCAAAAAGUACGUCACAGAUUUUGCUCUGUCAACACCUCCAUUUUGGUGAGUGA